UGAAAAACAAUUCUCCUCCUCUCCUCCCUAAUACCCUUUUGUAAACUAAUUCUCUCCUCCGUGCUUGAUCAUAACGGCGGACUUGGCUGCUUUCGUUUCUUCUUUACUCCACUCCGCCACCUGCUCGCCUCCGCUCUGCUCCGUCAGUGAACUCGUUAGAACCUCCGCUCCGCUUCGGCCGGUGCCGUGAGAAAGUCACCUCACAUCCGCGAGCUCUCUGUGAGUGAUUGUGCCUCUUCUAGGGUUUUGUUUCGUUUCGUGACGCGAGGUCUCAGCUUUCGUGUAAUCCAAAGGUGGUUCUAACACUGAGCAGUGGACUUGGCAUGCAGUGUGUAGCUUGAUCAUAGAAAGAAAGUAGUAGUAUUUGUCCUUAUAGUCCAUAGGAAAAGGUCAAGAUUGAUAGACAUAAGAGCAAGAGAAACCAGAGGAACUUUUACAUGAAAAUUAAGGAUGAAGGUGAAAAAGCAGAAGAGGCAUAGAAAAACUUUGACAUUUUACACUACAUGCUUUGGUUUUCGGAAGCCUUUCAAGGUUUUAUGUGAUGGAACAUUUGUGCAUCACCUUCUUGUGAAUCGAAUAACCCCCGCUGACAUCGCUCUUGGCAAUAUCCUCAGUGCUUCUGUCAAACUCUACACAACCAGGUGUGUUCUGGCUGAGUUGAAGCGACUUGGUAGCUCAUAUUCUGAGAGUCUGGAGAACGCUCAUAAACUUAUAGUUGCUAGAUGUGAGCAUGAUAAAUGUGUGGGUGCAGAUGCUUGCAUCAAGGAGGUUGUUGGAGAAAAAAACUCUGAGCAUUUCUUUGUUGCUAGUCAGGACACUGACCUCCGAAACAAGCUGCAAGAGGUACCUGGUGUGCCUCUCAUAUAUGGUCUCAGAAAUGCUCUUUUUCUUGAAUCCCCAUCUGCAUUUCAACGGCAAUAUGUCAAAACUUCUGAAGAAGGACGGUUGCAUAUGAAUGAGAAAGAGUACAAGAUAUUAAAGGAUAGGGUGAUGAAUAGACUAACCCAUGAGGAAGCUAACAAUUCCAUUGCUGAAACAAUAGAAAAUGUGGAUUCAGGAGAUCAGACCAUAAAUGUUCAGGCAGUAAAAACGAAUACUUUUGCAAGGAAUCGGAUGCCAAUCAAGGAUAAACCUCAGUUCAAGAGAAAAAGAGCUAAGGGUCCAAACCCACUUUCGUGCAAGAAGAAAAGUAAAAGUCAAAAUAUUGGUCCUUCUAAGGACAUGAAAGGAGAUAAUGAAGUGAAGAGAAGUAGGAAAAGAAAGAGGUCACAUAAACGGAAAAUGGCUACAGAAGGUGACAGUUAGGUUGAUUUAUUUUAUACUUAGCAAAAGAAGAGGUUCUUGACUUUACUGCUUCAUUGAAGGGAAAAGUGUAUGUAGAUUAGUUGCACGUUUUA